AUGGUGACGAUCUGUACCUACAAUGCACGUAAACUUGCACCCGAGUCCUCGGUGGAAGACUUGCUGAUGCAAGCAAGAAUGAUAAGGUACGUCGUCAUCGGCCUGGCCGAGACGAGGAGACGCCACACAUUCAACGCCGUCUAUGACACCGGAGAAGAACUGUUCCUCGGAACAUGCGACAGUAGAGGAGUCGGCGGGGUCUGCGUUCUCGUCAACACGAGUUUAUCCAUGAACAUGGAUUCAUUCGAACAACUUACAACCUGA